AAUUAUAGGCGAGCCACCAUGCCCAGCAAGACCUCAUCUCUAAAAAAAAAAAAAAAAAGAGUGUCUUCCUAUCUUGCUGUCUACUUCCCCUUCCCUGCACCUGAUGAUAACUUGAUUCCUGCCACACAAACCACCCAAAGUGUUCCCACAAAAGUCAAACCCCAUAGUUCCUUUUCAUUUAUCUCACUUGAACCCUCAGCUGUGUUUAACUCUGUUGACCAUUCCUUGUCUUUAAACAUUCUCUUUUGACUUUGAAAAUCUGUCACGGAAUGAAUAAACUAGUACCUUUAGGUCAUCCAAGGAUAGGAGAAAAGGAGAAAAGGCUCUGAGCUCAAGAAUGGGGCUUGCACUUUUAGGGUGUGGUGGUGAUCUACUAGAAAAAGACUUAAGAUUUACCAGAUAGGCUUGGUGUGAUGGCUCACACCUAUGAUCCCAACAAUUUGGGAAGCUGAGGCAGAAGGAUCUCUUGGGCUCAAGAGUUUGAGACAAGCCUGGACAACUGAGGGAGACAACUCUCUCUCAAAAAAAAAAAAAAAAAUCUACUAAAAUUGUGAAAACUGAAUUCCUUCCUAGAGGCUAGUUUUGUGGACUAGUGAUUCAAUGAUACAGGGGUGGGUGGAACUCAACCAUAAUGAUACAAAGAACUAUUUAUUCUUUAUUGAAAAAAAUGGUGAAUGGAGACUGAAUCACACUAUGGGAACUUGUUGAGAAUUUUGGAACUUCCUCUCUUGGGGUAUGAUAAGAAGUGAGGGAAUUGAAAUUCAAGUCACUUGAAUUUCCCUCAGUCUUCUCUAAUACCUAAAGUUUCCAACUUGCAUUCAUUUAACAACAUGGAAUCAAUGUUCCAGUAUUAAAACAAUAUUACUUUUUAAUUUUAGUGUGACUUAUAGAGUGCAAUUUGAUACUUAAUUACACCCUAUGAUAAAUAGAUAUUAUUGGCUAUUUUGCUUCUUACUCCUAAUAUGUCCCCUAUCAGACUGCAAAUGCCUUGAGGUCAAAGGUCCUUUUUUGUCUAAUUAGCAUAGGACUGAAUACCUGGAAGAUGCUAACAAAAUUCCUCUGUUCAAUUUAAUACGCAUUUUAACUUUCCAAGUUUCAGUGGGUUUUGAAUGACUCCUGAAUACACUAUAUUAUGCUAGGUGUAGUGUAAUAGAGAAAACAUUUGUAUUACUUGCAUUUUACAAGCUGGAGGAGAAGCAAGAACACAAUACCUAGGGAAGAUUUAGUAAGAAAUCAGAAUGUCCUAAUAUCCCCUUGGUAUAUGUUAUACCAACCUAGAUUUUAAAAAAAGCAAGCCAGAAUCCCACACAACCUAGGGAGCUAAUUUGAGUCCUAUAAAUUCUUGUAGUUCACCUCCUUAGGCCAGACACUCCAGAUUUCUUUGUGGAUAGCAGCUAGGUCUCCUGGGACCUUGGAUUGGGCCUUUCUCUAGUCAGGCAAAUAAUCUGAAAAGAAAACAAAAUCACAUGUAGUCCAGCACAUUUCUUCCUUUCUUGGUUUCUCCACCAGCUAGAGAGUUAUUUAAAGGCUCUGAACCUCUCCAGCCUUUGAUUCUUUUUAAGGAUCAUUUUAUUUUUAGAGAACUUUCCACAUUUCCUAGUUAUACAGCCAGACUGGGUGAUCUGGCCAGAAAAUCAUUUUCCCUUAAAAAAAAAAAAAAAAAGCUAAAAUUUGAACACAGGCGUUGAAUUCGAAACAGAUUUAUCACAACGUAAUUCCCCGGACACUCCCAACUUGAGACUGAAAGCUGGGCGAAAGGGUUUUCUGAAGCUAACUUAAAAGACAAAAUGGUCUAGAGUCACCUUUUCCCCGCAAAUAACAGGGGAUUAACAACCUGAAAUCUUCAAGCCUCCCGGACCAUGGUGCAAGCCCUCAGCAGAGGAGGCCGGAGCGCCUUUUGAUUUCGGGAGACUGGCCCAGGAAAUCCAGCCACUUGGAAGGCGAAAGAGAAGGUGGUACCUGAGCCAGGUAUGAGCCACUCAGAGGCAGUCCGGGGCCGCCACUCACCUUGGAGAGGAGGAGCUGGAGUCCCAUGACCCGGACUGAGAGGAAAGGCGAGACUGAGUCUACCAGGUGAGGUAAAAAACACCCACCUGCUCACCUCGGAAGGGGCGAGCGAGGUGCGGCUCCCGGUGACCCGCGACGGUGGAGCGUACCUGGGCGGAGGCGGAACUGCGGGGUGUGGGCACUGCUUGUAGGGCCUGGAACUAAACUCACCUGUGAGGGAGGCAGAGGCGGGGCCCGGGCAAAAACCCACCUGAGCCGGCUGGAAGCCCGACCCGCGAGCAGUCCCCAGGCUCGCGCGGCGGGGCCCCCCUCGGUCAGCCCACGCGUCGGUCCCCGCACGGCCGCCAUGACCUGGAGCGCCACGGCCCGGGGCGCCCACCAGCCCGACAACACCGCCUUCACGCAGCAGCGCCUCCCAGCCUGGCAGCCGCUGCUGUCGGCCAGCAUCGCGCUGCCGCUCUUCUUCUGCGCGGGCUUGGCCUUCAUUGGCCUGGGCCUGGGCCUCUACUACUCCUCCAACGGCAUCAAGGAGCUGGAGUACGACUACACCGGCGACUCGGGCACCGGCAACUGCUCGGUGUGCGCCGCGGCUGGCCAGGGCCGCGCGCCGCCGCCCCGCUGCUCGUGCGCCUGGUACUUCUCGCUGCCCGAGCUCUUCCAGGGCCCCGUGUACCUCUACUACGAGCUGACCAACUUCUACCAGAACAACCGGCGCUACGGCGUGUCCCGCGACGACGAGCAGCUGAGCGGGCUGCCCAGCGCGCUGCGCCACCCGGUUAACGAGUGCGCCCCCUACCAGCUCAGCGCGGCCGGCCUGCCCAUCGCGCCCUGCGGCGCCAUCGCCAACAGUCUCUUCAACGACUCCUUCUCGCUUUGGCACCAGCGCCUGCCAGGCGGGCUCUACGUCGAGGUGCCGCUCGACCGCUCCGGCAUCGCCUGGUGGACCGACUACCACGUCAAGUUCCGCAACCCGCCGCUGGUCAACGGCAGCCUGGCGCUGGCCUUCCAGGGCACGGCGCCCCCGCCCAACUGGCGCCGGCCGGUCUACGAGCUCAGCCCCGACCCCAACAACACCGGUUUCAUCAACCAGGACUUCGUGGUGUGGAUGCGCACGGCGGCGCUGCCCACGUUCCGCAAGCUGUAUGCGCGCAUCCGCCAGGGCAACUAUUCGGCCGGGCUGCCGCGGGGCGCCUACCGCGUCAACAUCACCUACAACUACCCGGUGCGCGCGUUCGGCGGCCACAAGCUCCUCAUCUUCAGCAGCAUCUCGUGGAUGGGUGGCAAGAACCCCUUCCUCGGCAUCGCCUACCUGGUCGUCGGCUCCCUCUGCAUCCUCACCGGCUUUGUCAUGCUGAUCGUCUACAUUCGCUACCAGGACCAGGACGACGACGACGAGGAGUGAUUCCAGCUUUCCAGGGAUCCUUCCUGCUUCUUGCCAAAACUCUUUCGAGCUUCUUCUGGCAUCUCCUCCUCGCCCCUGGCCCAAUUCCAACCUCUCCUCGCUUUUCCUCCCUUUGUGAAUGAGGGGAUCAGAGAAGGGAAUUACCCCCUUGCUCUUGGGGGGCUCGCUAGACUGUCUUGCCGCGGGGAGGGAUGUUGACUGCAGAGUGAAACAUCAUUGCAAACUCUUCCCACCUCCUUCACGACACCGAGUUGCCAUGUGAGGUUCUUCAAGUCUGAGAAUGGAAGGGAUCCCUAUGGAGACUCCUGUUCAACCCCUAUCAGAGGAAGAGAUUGAGAGACCUAGCAAUGUGAAGUAACUAAGAUCAGGCAGCUGCAAGUGACUCCUGACUCUUGAGUCUAGAGCUUUUGCCACUACAAUACUGUGGUUUUCUUUUCUUUGGUGAGGGGAGUGGGUUGGAAUGGAGAGUGAGGCCCACAAAUUACCUGCAGAGAUGUGGAAGCGUGAGGGAGAACAUGCUUGUUAAAUAUGCAGGUAGAUUAGGAGACACCAACCAGAGAUUCAGUCACAGUAAGGCUGGGAUGAGACCCUCGAAGCUGUGUUUUAACAAACUCCUCUGGAGAGUCCCAUACUCCCUCAAAUUUGGGAAUCACGACCCCGAACCAGGUUGGGCCUGAAGCAGUCAACUGAGUUCACUUUUUUGGAUAGUAAUUUGUUCCCAGGGGCAGUGACAACCAUGAUGUUCCAGGUUUGGUCUGGCACUCUGCCUUGAACGUAGGAAGCUCUUGAUGACUUGUGGAAUGAAUUUUUAAAAAAUCACUAUCUCAGGAAAACUAGUUGGCAUACAGAGUUGUAGGACAGGGUUUAUGUUAUUCAUUUAAUAUUUUACUAUUUUGGUAUAAAAGCAAACAGGCAAACUUUGCCAGGUACUGUGUAGAAACUCGAAAAUGUGAGGCCAGUUUGUACAGUUCAGAGGAAAUGCUUUAACGUAGAAUCAGACAGCUGGAAGAGAUCUUCGAGGGAAAGUAAGUUCCCUAAAGUCACAUCUAUGUCUCCUAGCUCAAUCUUCUUUAUCAUUUAGUGUGUGUGUGUGUUUAGAAAGGGCUUCAUACCUUUUCCCUUGUAUCCGGAAAAAAAUUUAUCUUUUCAAAUGAAAUCUGUUGAUUCCUAGUAAUCAUAUUUGAAUCAGUGCUAAGGCAUAUAUAGUCUUUUAUGUAAACUAGAAUCUUAAGAUUAUUUGAACCUUUGAGAUGACGUUAAAACUCAACUAAAAUCAUUCAAUUGAUUUUGAUUGACUAACAUCAAUCAAUAUGUUUAAAGUUAUUCUAAGAAGCAAUCGUUUUAUUUUUAAAAAACCUUGUAUGGCAAAAUAACUUUAAAAAAAAACCCUUUGUGAUAUCAUCUUACCAGUUUAUUUGUAAACGCAAACAGUUAUUUGGUAUUUGUCAGAAUUCUUCAGUGCCUGCUAUUAAGCUAUUUUCCAGUUAUUAAUUUGAUUAUACUCAUUCACUUAAGGCAGUGCAAGAUCUUGAAGUAUUUUUUUUAGCAGUUAAGUAAUAUUGAAUUGUAUUGAAUAGUUUACAUAGUUUAUUCUAGUCUUUGAAAAUUACUGAACAAUGAACAAUGUGCAUGUCAUUGACAUCUGCCUUAGAACUUCUGGGACAAUCCUGAGUCAGGAUAUUCUAUCCCAUUAUUUGCAUAUACCAAAAACACUUUGUUAAUUCAAUGUGUUGGCCUCCCAACUCCUGAACACGACACAAUUUUAUUAUUAGAUUUUGUAUGGUGAUUUUAGGCUAUGAAAAUAUGAUCAUUAUAUGUACAUAGAGAAAUUUUUAUUUGUUACAAAUGUUUGAGCAGCUCACUAGCCCAGCCCUCCUCUAUUUUGGGUAGGAGAAUUUACUACAUUUUUUACUAUGUAGCUGAGAGCAACAUGUAUUUUGUUAUUUUUAGAAUGAUCAGUAUAUUGCUAUAAAAUGUUAAAUGAGGCUAUGAAAGUUAAAGUAUUCUGAUUCUGAUUAAAUUAAUGAAUGUGGUUCCAGGCCCUGUUCUCCGGGUUUUUGAGAGAGAAUAAAGGUUAUGUUUGUCUUACCUUUGUUAUCAACUUUGCUUGAUUCUUUUGAACUAUGAUCUUAAAGGCACAAACAGCACUAGCCACUUUGCUAAUUUCCUAAUAGCAGAUUUACACUGCAGCAAGAAAACCAUCUUUUAUAAUAACAUUCAGUUAAAAUGAACUCAAUUCAUUGUUGACUUCCUAAAACAGAAUUUGAACUUUAUCAACCUCAACAUGUAUAUAAACUAGAUAGUCCUCAAAUGCUGUUUGAAUUUAAUAAAUGUCAAUUUAAAAUUUUU